UUUUCCCUUUAUUACGGUAUCAAUGGACUCAUUCAAAGUUGGGCGCUCCUUCCCCUUUUUUGUCUUUUUUGAUAUGUUACAUACACAGAAAUUGCUCUUCUCUCUGGCUGGAAUGUGCUAAGGUAGAUCCUGCUUUGCUGGUUUCUGGUAGACUGCCAGGGAAAUCCAAAAAGUGUUCAAUGUUAUACACCCGAACGCAUGCAAGCAUAUUAUGUAAAGCUCGAAUUGGAAAUAAUAUCUACCCCCACCCCCCUCAUCCCCCUCUCUCUCUAUGUCUGUCUCUCUCUGUCUCUCUCUGUCUCUCUCUGUCUCUCUCUGUCUCUCUCUGUCUCUCUCUGUCUCUUUCUCUCCCUCACAUCAGCUUUCCCCUCCUCCAGCUCCACCCCGCCCGUACGUUCUUAGAGAAUCCACUGACCCGUAUCAAUCCUCGGCAACAUUUCUCGACACUGCUGUUGUUCUGGUACCACAGAAUUAUAUUGAUCGCCAAGAGAAGAGCUGUAUUAUGUCAAAGGAGCCGUAACACAUAUCACCUUACUUUCUAAUAGAAGACAGCCACUGGAAGGAAACGUGCGUGCAUGCUCUGGCCAGGAACUGCUGGUUUAGUGGGAUUUUAUUUGUUGCCUUUAUUGGAUUCAUUUCCUCGAGAUUUCCUGGAGUGUUAUAACUUAUAACUUUGCCUCGCGCUUUACUAUGUGUAUUAUUAUGGCACCAGCAGGCUUGAUAGCAUUCUGAAACAAUCUCAACUUUCUGGUAGGCAUACAAUGCAAGCUGCCAUUUCAUAGGCGCUAAAACACCAACAUAUUGACAAGAUCUUACGCUGUCGUGGCCGGGUACCAUACCCACCUGGAUGAAGUGAUGAACAUUCAUGUGAAGUGCUUUUCCCAAGGACACAACGUUGGGCCUGAGGCUUGACCCCCCAACUUCCAGCCUCACGAUUACGAGUCAAUCAGCCAAAACACUUGACUAUCGACGCCACACAAAAAGCCUGCUUCUAUUAAGGAAUUAUUAUAGUACCUCUGGAUGACGAAUGAACUUAUAUUUUAUAAGUAGACCUAGUCAGGUUUAUUAGACUGACACAAUCAUGCAGACAAUUCCUGUAUCGUGCAGGAAGCCUUAGUGAUAUACUGCAAGUUUGAAGCAGAGAACAAAAGUGUGAAAGUGCAUUAUUCUAAAGGAACAUUCAGUCCGGAUUUGUUAAGUGUAUAACAUGAACAAUGUCUUCGUUCGUCUCGUGUCUCCUAUCUCAAAGUUUCAAAAUGAGCCAGUUAUUUCAUAUUUUGCUUGUGCUUUUGUGUCUUUUUCACCCGCUUUUUCAUGUUCAUGGCGGUGGAAUCAGGAAUAUGAGGACAACCAGGCCCCCUUUUCCCCAAAGGAUAAGUAUGGAUUCUCCUUGUAACAUUUCCCACAAUGCUACUGAUACCAUCGCAGAUUGUCGGGCUUUGAAUAUAACUGUUCUUUCAAGUUUCAUGGUUCCUAUGGAGACCAGUGUAAUGCUGCUGGACUAUAAUUGCUUUUCUUCCUUAACGCGGGACUUCCUAAGGGGUAGAUCUGAUCUGAGAGUCUUGAGCAUCUCUCACGGCAAACUAGACAACAUAGAAGAUAAUGCUUUUCAAGACGUGAUGAAUUUAGAAUAUCUGAACUUGGAAAACAACAACCUUGCUUACUCCGGGUGCAACGAAGCAAGCGAACUUGCCAUUCCUCCUGCUCUCUUCGCACCCCUUGCCAAAUUGGAGUACCUCUUGUUACGUGGCAAUAAUUUUGGCUGUUUUGUCGAGGUGCCAGACAAUCAAGCUGACACCAACAACGCGACAAGUAGUCACUUUCUGCAAUAUGGUGCCACGUUUUCUGAUACGAAUAAAAAUAAUAUAUUGUUUGAAACCGACUUACGGUUCUUGACCGAAGACUCCAAGCUGCCACUCCUGACAACGUUUUCACUAGAUAUACAUGACUUUAUUGAUCCGAAUAAGAGGUAUCAUAGUCUUAAAACUCUCAUGCCAAACCUGACGACACUGGAUGUUAAUUCGGUUACUGAAACCAUUUCGAGAGAUUACUUCAAAGUCUUUAGGCACCUUGAAGUGAUAAAGUGCUCAAUUGAAGCAAAACAACUUGGAAACAUUCACAGCCAAGCAUUACUUCAUCUGCGUUAUCUUGAGAGCUUUACCCUCUUCAACAGUAUAAUAGGCUUAAACAAUGCUGUUCGAAGUCUGUCCCCAUUUUCUCACAGGAAAUUACGGGAAGUGAGAUUUGACAAUGUCAAUUGUCGUCACCCGCAAGUAACAUGGGGCGAAGAAAAUCAGGAGUACGACGCCCUGGUUAAUGUAUGCAUUGAGCGACUCAGCUUGCGAUAUAACAGAAUACACAAGUUUAAUAUUCGUCCCGCGAACUCGACGAGUAAAUCAUUGUUAUUUUCUUGCGCGAAGUAUUUAGACUUAUCAGAUAACAUAAAAGCACUACUUAAGGUAUCACUAGCAGAUUACGUCGGUCUCCAGGGAAUAGACAUUUCAAUGUGGAAAAGCCUUGAAGAAUUUAAGGUUGUUAACCUCCGAGACAUGUAUGCUAGCCUUGACGAAUGGAUCAAAGAGAAACCCUCUCUAUUGCCAGAAUAUUCAGAAAACAUGUGUGCAGAGAACGGCUUGGCACAGCAUCUCAAUCUGACUAUAACGUAUACACUGUCUGAGAAUCUGCUUGUUUUAAAUCGCUCGAAUUCUCCAGAUACGUAUCAAAAUAUGCUCUUUGGGGAAAUUGUUUUCGAUAAAGCACCCAACCUCACUGAUUUAGACCUUUCAGGAAACGGCUUUUCAAAGAUGCCGGCUGUUUUCAGAGGUUUAAAUAAUCUCGAGCGAUUUCAUUUUUCCAGAAACAAUAUUUCCGAGUUAAGCGAGAGUUUUUUCGAUAAGCUCCCCUCCCUUAAACUGGUAGAUUUUUCAUACUGUCAACUCAGUUCAAGAUUCAUGUUAGAACUAGGACAAAGGUUAUUUAGCCAUCUGAAGUCAUUAGAAACUAUCAACUUAUCGCACAAUGGUCUAGAAGCAUUGCCCGCUGAUAUCUUUGAAUAUAAUAAAGAAAUAAAAACCAUUUCCAUGAAGGGAAAUAGACUAGCAUCAUUGUCAGUUGAGCUGAUCAACACCCCUCUUCUCAGGGAGCUAGACUUGAGAGCAAAUAAUAUAAAACAACUUGCUGUGCAUGAAAGGAAUGAACUCGACGAAUUUUCCUUAACACAACCUAAUUUUAAAAUGUACAUCCAAGAGAAUUUGUUCUCCUGUACUUGUGAGGAUAUAUCCUUUUUAUUGUGGCUCCACCUCACACGAGUGACCCUGGACGAGGACAGGAACUAUACUUGUUUGUGGCUAGAGGAACGUCAAUUUCUCUCCCCGGUCCCAUCCUCACAGGACAUCCGCGCUCUGUGGAGGCGUUGUGUGGGCAAGACGUCUCUUCUCCUCUCCCUGAUGACAGCCACGCUACUUUUUACAGGCUUCUUACUUGUCGUUCUUUUCUCUAGACACAAACGAUACAUCAAGGCGUUCGCAAUGAGGAUCUUCCUCCACGACUACCACCUAAAGACGAGAGCGGACUACAACAUCGGACUGUUCAUCGGUUACGCAGAGGAGGACUACCAAUUCCCUUGCCUUGUCCUCCGUGCCUUCAUAGAAGACGAGCUGGGUUUGACGUGUUACGUACGUGACCGUGAUCAGAUCCCCAACCAACCGAUGGCGAACAGUAUAGCUGAGGCCAUCAACAGCUGCUGGAAGACACUACUGGUGGUCACUCCACGUUUCCUGACGAGUGACGAGUGGGGACUUUUCACAGCAAAGAUGUCUGUGUAUGCCCAGGGUCCGGAAAACCCACACCGGCUGCUGAUCCUUGUUGACCACAUGACUGUGGACAGGCUGCCAACGGACUUGCUCUGUGCUGUGUCGGAAGACAACAUCAUCUGUCUACCCAGGCUGCGCAUGUGUUAUGAACUCCGGCAGAAACUGAGGACUCGGUUGUUAAACUAAUACUAAUAGACCUAAGGAACUGGUGGUGGUGCGCGCGUGCACGCGCGUUUUUGUGUAAAGGUUGUGUAUGCGUGUAUGUGCAUGUGUGCGUGUGUGCAUGUGUGUGUGUGUGGGGGGGGGGGGUGUGACAAUAUAUCAUAUCAUAAUAAUUUGAAAAACCCUUUGAGCCUACUUUCAAGUAGGAAAGUACAUGAACUAGGGGAAAAAAGGAAGAUAGAGAAAAGGCGUAAAAUUUUCAAUGGAAAAGAAAGGAGCAAUGAUUCAUAAAUUGGCAGUGGGUUAUCUAUGUCACAAAGGUGACCCCACCCGUUAACCAUUAGUUACGAUAUUAUUACAUGUAAUAUGUAAACAUGAUCCCCAGUUAUAGCAGGGUUCGGCUAUUACAGGGACAAGAUCUCGGAUAGCCGGGGACCACUGCACGGACACCGCACAACUACAUGUACCUGCAUUUUGGACGUGAUUAAUCUGUCCCCGUGGUUUUAUGCACCCCGCAUAAUUUCGCAAAAUUUGAUCAUCUUUUGCAUA